AACCGGAGCAUGUCGGGCCCCAUGAUCCGGGCGUACCUGGCCUUGGUGCUGCACCGCCAGGGCAAGGAGAGGCCGCGGCGUCGGAGCACUUCCGGUCCUUCGCGGCCAACGACUUCAGCAUCGCGGCCAACGGAGCGUGGGUGGGCUCCGCCGCCGAGGGGUACCACAUGCACGACGCGCCCUUCUCGGAGGCCCUGGUGGAGCUGCUGCGCGACCGUGGCUGCCAGACCGUCGUGGACUUUGGCUGCGGACUUGGGCUCUACGUCCGAGAUCUUCGAGCUGCAGGCCUGCGGGCCGGGGGCUUCGACGGGAACCCGUCCACCGUCGAGCUCACGGAGGGCAGGUGCAACCAGCUCGACCUCAGCCGCGUGCAGGAGACCUGGGGAACUGCUGGGACUGGGUCGUCUCCUUCGAGGUGGCGGAGCACAUCCCGCGGGAGUCCGAGGCGGCGUUUGUCGGCAACCUCGUGCGCCACGCGCGCCGCGGUCUGGUCCUCUCCUGGGGCAACCAGGCGGGCGAGGGGCACGUGA